GACAGAAACAAAAAAUCUUGAUGAGGUAAUAAUAUCAGCAGCGAAGAGCGGAAGAAGGCAAAAAAAAAAAAAAAAAGAGAGAAGCUUCCAUUUAGCCCAUAGAGAUCCGUUGAGGAGAAUUUCUAGCAGACCCGAUCUGUCGUCUCUGUUUCUACGAAUCUCUUUCUCUGUCGGAAACUUGAGAGUUUUCUGAAUCAUAAAACAUGGGUUUGUGGGAUGCUUUUCUCAAUUGGCUUCGCAGCCUCUUCUUCAAGCAAGAAAUGGAGCUUUCAUUGAUAGGUCUUCAAAAUGCAGGAAAGACAUCACUUGUUAACGUUGUUGCGACCGGUGGAUACAGCGAAGACAUGAUUCCUACGGUUGGCUUCAACAUGAGGAAAGUGGUAAAAGGAAGUGUCACAAUCAAACUUUGGGAUCUCGGUGGUCAACCUAGGUUCCGCAGCAUGUGGGAACGCUAUUGCCGUUCUGUUUCCGCCAUUGUGUAUGUAGUUGAUGCUGCUGAUGCUGACAACCUCAGUGUGUCGAAAAGCGAACUCCAUGAUUUGUUGAGCAAGACGUCGCUUAGUGGUAUCCCUCUUCUAGUCCUUGGAAACAAAAUCGACAACCCUGCUUCUUUGUCCAAAGAAGCCUUCACCGAGGAAAUGGGACUCAAGUCGCUUACAGAUAGAGAAGUCUGUUGCUUUAUGAUAUCUUGCAAGAACUCUACCAACAUUGAUUCAGUGAUCGAUUGGCUUGUAAAGCACUCGAAGUCAGCAAGCUAAAAUUUGCGCCAAAAGAACACAACUCUGUGCAAGUUUUCCUGUGUGUUGCUCCUUUGAUGAUGAUGAUGGUGAUGGUGGGAGAAGAGAAUUUUCUUUUCUUUUAUAUUAUCCUGUGAAACAAGAUUUGUCUUUGUUUUCUUCUAAUUCUCUGCGUCUUCCGCUGUUCUCUGUAUAUUAUAUUCGAUUGGUUUUCUUCUUCUCAAGCAAUGAGAUUUACCUUCCUU